UUCGGUUUUGGGACGUGGAACGAAUAUUUGUACGCUUUGUUGUCCUUCCGGACUGAUAACAGCAGCGCGCACCUUUGCUUUGGACUAUAUACAUAUCUGAAGAUUUUAAGUCUAAGAGUAACGACAGCAGCGAUUUUCCCAGGUAUGUGUGAGGCAGGAGAGAAGGAUCUCUAUGCUGUUCUCGGUGCCAGCCCUUCGGAUUCAGUCCAGCAACUCCGACACAGAUAUCAAAAGCUGGCCCUACAGUGCCACCCGGACCAUCUUGGAGAUGUGUGUGACUCAGGAGCAGAGAUGUUUCUCGAAAUUGAUGCAGCCUGGAAAAUCCUGUGUGAACACGAUGCUAGGAGUCAAUACGAUCAACAGAGGAGAGCUCGAGAACUUAAACAGGACUGGCCAGUCGACUGUUUGAUCUCACUGGAGGACAUGACAUGUGACCCGGGUGAGUGUGUGUACACAUAUUGCUGCCGCUGUGGUGGACAUUUCAGCUUGACAGAAGAAGAGAUGAAAUGGAGGCAAGAGAAUGAUGAUGAAGACAAAACAAAUGAGAGCCAACAUGUGGUUCUAUGCUGUGAUACUUGCUCCCUCAGUAUUUAUGUCAAACUGUCAUUGACUAACAAAAAUAAAGUUUCAAUGUAAGUGGUGGAAACAAUACAUCAAUAUCCUUCUGUGAGCAGGGCCAGGAUAUGAGUAGAUUUUUUUCCCUUUUGUAUAGAAGAGUCCUUGUCUUCUUCUUUUCCUUUCGGCUUGUCCCAUUAGGGAUUGCCACAGCAUGCAAUCUUUUUCCAUUUAAGCCCAUCUCGUGCAUCUUCCUCUCUAACGCCCACUGUCCUCAUGUCUUCCCUAACAACAUCCAUCAACCUUUUCUUUGGUCUUCCUCUCACUCGUUUUUCCUGGCAGCUCCAUCCUCAGCACCCUUCUCCCAAUUUACUCAUGCUCUCGCCUCUGGACAUGUCCAAAGCAUCAAAGUCUGCACUCUCGAAUCUUGUCUCCAAAACAUCCAACUCUGGCUGUUCUUCUAAAUGAUCUGAUUUCUAAUCCUAUCCAACGUGCUCACUCCGAGUGAGAACUUCAACAUCUUAAUUCC